GGACGCGAAUUGAGGCGAAUGAAAACAAGAUGAGAUGCUUUAUUUUGUUGCUUCUCUUCUGUCACGUUUCAUCUCCGGUGAAACACUCCCUGAGGUAUUUCUUAACUGCAUCUUCUGGAGUCCCAAACUUCCCAGAGCUUUUGGGUGCUAUAUUGGUCGAUGACGUUCUGGUGGCUUACUGCGACAGCAACAUAAACAUGGUAGAGCCAAAACAGGACUGGGGAAAAAAGAUUAACGAAAACUACCCGCAGCACUUCGAGCGGUACACUCAUGAGUGUCUUGAGGUUCAGCCGCACUUCUUCAAAGCUACGAUUGACAAUUUCAGCCAGCGCUACAACCAAACUGAAGAUGUCCAUAUUUUACAGCAGUAUUUUGGCUGCGAGUGGGACGAUGAGACUGGAGAGACGACUGGUUUUAAUCAGUUCGGCUACAAUGGAGAAGACUUUCUAGCAUUGGACCUGAAGACAUGGAUGUGGAUCGCUCCGAAACCAUGGGCUGUCAGUACCAAACUGAAAUGGGAUGCUGAUGAAGCUAGAAUGACAUACAAUGACCAUAACCUCAAUCAGAUGAUACCUGAAUGGCUGAAGAUGUAUUUGGCUGUAGGAAAGAGCUCUCUGCUGAGAACAGAGCGUCCCUCAGUGUCUCUCCUCCAGAAGUCUCCGUCCUCUCCAGUCAGCUGCCACGCUACAGGUUUCUACCCCGACAGAGCCAUGAUGUUCUGGAGGAAAGACGGAGAGGAGAUUCAUGAGGACGUGGACCUCGGAGAGAUCCUCCCCAACCACGAUGGAUCCUUCCAGAUGAGCGUCGACCUGAACGUUUCAUCAGUCACACCUGAAGACUGGAGCAGGUACGAGUGUGUGUUUCAUCUCUCUGGUGUGAAGGACGACAUCAUCACCAAACUGGACAAAGCAGCGAUCAGGACUAACUGGGUUUCUCCCUCAGAGUUUCCCGCUGUUGUCGGAGUCGUUGUUGGACUGCUGCUGCUGACAGUCUGCAUCACUGGACUCUUCAUCUGGAGAAGGAACAAUAAUAAAGGAUUCAGAAGAGCAAACUAUCUUCCACCUCUUCCACCCUCUUCAGUCAUAGACGCAGCUCUGAACUGAUCACAGUAUCGUUCUGCGUCUGCUGUUGAUGUU